UAGCUUGGCGCCAUCACCAACGUCGUUCGAACAGCAUUCAAGCUUUAACAAGCCCAAACCUUUCACUUCGAUUGUUAUUUCGAGAAUGCGAUCUCAUUUGCAAGGGAGGAUUCACUAUUAGCUUUCUAGAAUCUGCGUCAAAACGAUCAGCGGUGUAUCCACAGCGACCGACUUUCGGACAAUUGGGAGAAAUCCAUCAUGUCAAAGAGUGGGAAGACGGCCCCUACAAAUGACGAGCUGCUUGCUCAGUUCGAUGACCUUGGUGUCGAUGAUGGAGCAACCCAAGCAGCGGGAGGGACGCAAGAAAAGUCAGAGCAAGACCUAUUAGCUGAACUUCAGGACCUUGCUUCUCAAAGACCUCCAACACCCCGAACUUCCUCCACUUUAAACAAAUCUCCUAAACCAACCUCUGCGACAACCCCGCCUUCGGGCAGGCUCAGUGACGAUAAAAUGCCACCUAGAAAAUCAGGAGAUAGCUCCCGAGCAUAUCACACAAGCAUAACCCCUCCAGAAACAACUUCGUCAGAUGCUGGGGAUACUCCAACAUCGGAGGAAGCAGGCAAGACCGGAGGCGGCGGUGGCGGCGGCUGGUGGGGUGGAAUUUUUGCUACUGCUUCAGCUGCUGUGAAACAGGCAGAGGCUGCCGUAAAGGAGAUUCAGAAAAACGAGGAAGCUCAAAAAUGGGCUGAUCAGGUUAGAGGCAAUGUUGGAGUUCUUCGAGGUCUUGCCAUCCCGACGUUUACCUCCCUCCUCCAUACUCUAGCUCCUCCUAUUUCCUCUCAUGAACGCCUCCAAAUCCACAUCACACAUGACCUCUCGGGCUAUCCUUCGCUGGAUCCUUUGAUUUAUUCAGUCUUCUCUCGAGUAAUGUCCCAGGUCGAAGGAGGAGAUCUCCUCGUCAUCCAACGCGGUCGGGAAGCCGCACCCAGACGUGGCUCGGAUGCUCACGUAGGUCACAGCUCAUCGGCUGGCUGGAACGAUGGCCCGUGGUGGCGUACGGUGUCUGUCGGGAAACCACGAUCUAUAUCGGCCAUCAAGGGUGCAGUAGCCGGUACAAAACUUGUCCGAGCAAGUGCAGAAGCAUAUGCAACGGAAUACUUUUCUACAAGAGGUGGCGUUGAGGAAGCCGCCAAACAAGCAUCCGAGAUACUAUCGGAGUCCAAUCCCGUCCGUAGCAGUGACAUUUUCCUUGCCAUCCAAGCGAUUUCCCAACCUACACCACCAGAGCUUUUCCAAGCAGGCCCCAGUGGAGACACAGAAAAACCAGCUCAAGGUAUAGUGGAGGUAAAGGAAGAUAUUGAAGAGGAAGUCUUCUUUGCACUUUAUCUUCAUGAUCCCAUUCACGGGAUUGCUUUUCAUGCCGUUACGCAAGCCGUUCCACAGAAAUGGAUUGACUGGCUUGAUGCCGCCCCCCCUUCACCACCUAAUCCAGACAACCCCGACGACUUUGUCCAUUCUACCAUGCCGGACGCGAUUGCAGAAAUCAUCGAGAGCGGCGGCGUUGACCCGCGCGAAUGGGUUUCAGAAUGGAUCGAGGAGGCUUUAACUCUUGGUGUUGGCGUUGUUGCACAGCGGUAUGUCGCACGGAGAAUGGGAGUUGGCGAAGGUGGUGUAGGUCGAGGAAAGAUGAAGGCAGAACAAGCCACCGCGGUGGAAAGCGGUGCCGGAGAAGCAGCUAGAGCGCUAUAAAUUCCUUUGUAAUUACUGCUCCUACAUCUUUUAACUAAGUAAUGUAUGUACUUUCCUAUUGUAGCUAGUGGAGUCGGUGCUGUUCUUCUGUUUUUCGUGUUCCAUUUUAUUUCACUUGGCUGGGUUUUGCUGGGUUGACUGUGAACAGAUGCUGGAAAUGGUACGGUACUAGAUUGAUGAAUCCAUUAGCCGUUUUUGCUUUUCCA